AUGGUCGGCAAGCAGGAGUGGGGUCAAGCAGAUAUGUUGGAAGAAAAGAUGGAAGGGAAACAAAUCCUGACAUGCAAGGAGAAGUUCAUGAAGGGCCUGAUGGACAACAUGUUCACCAUUCUAACUCUUAUCGGCGUCGCUGUGGGAUUUGGUAUUGGCUUUGGGGUCGGCACCUUAAAACCUUCAGAAGUUACCAUAACAUGGAUUAAAAUUAUCGGUGAUCUUUACAUUAAUCUUCUUAAACUCACAAUUCUACCAGUCAUUGCAGCCAACGUUAUAGUUGUCAUGGCUAGAAUGGACCCAAAACAAAAUGGAAAGAUGAGUUUGGCUGCAAUCAGUUUUGUGAUUGGUUUCGAUUUGAUCAGUGGAGCUAUUGGAGUUAUUGCUGCUGCGCUUAUUAAACCAGGUCUGUUGACUACGGCGAAACCAGAGUCAACAAUUACUGAAGGACGUGAUUCUGCACCGGUCACAGCAUCAGAUGUAUUUGUUGAUCUCUUAAAAAAUAUGUUCCCGGACAAUAUUGUUGAUUUAACGAUCCAUCAGUGGCUUUACUUGUUCAAUAUUGUUAUGUCAUUACAAAUUCAAGGUCUCAUCUUCAUAACAAUUAUGUUUGGAAUCGCUGCUGGAGCCGCGGGAAAGGCGGGAAAAGCAUUCAUCGAUUUCUUUGAGUCCGUCGGGAAUGUCGUUCUUAUUUUGAUGCGCUGGUUCCUCCUAGCCACACCAGUGGGUGUGUGUUUCAUGGUUGCGGGAUCCGUAGUGGGUUUGAAAAAUGUGUCCGACACCUUCAAGAGCUUGGGUCUAUUCAUGGUCACAGUAUUGGCAGCGCUAUCCAUCCACAUGAUUCUCCAGAUGAUCGUCUAUUUUUCCGUCUCCUCAAGGAAUCCAUUUCGAAUGUUGGUCGUUGGUUUUAGAGUCUUCUUCCUAUCCUUCGUCACUACCUCUCCGUCAGUUAAUCGAUUAUUAUUUUGUCAUGCUUUUUUUAAUAACCUUAAGAAAUCAUUUAUUUAUAUCAAAUGGCGGGCGUCUUGA